UUACCGCCCUGUUACUCGACUCGUUACCUAGGAAACGACAAAUGGCACGUCCGGCUUUUUUCUGCUAAUGGACAAGAUGAACACAGUCGAACAGUUACUUGUGAAAUCAUUUAUAGGACUGAGUUAUGAAGACAGACUUCAGGUGAAAAGAUUAGGACCUCAUCAGCCGGAUUUAAUACUUGAACAGUCAUCAAAGGACAAGGGCAAGGAGUACGUACGGAGGUUCACGACGAGUUGGUACGAGAAAAAGAAGUGGUUGUGUGGCAGCGCAUCCAGAAAGUCGUUAUUCUGUUUCCCUUGUUUAUUGUUUGGCGGUGAAGUGGCCUGGUCACAGCUGGGAAUAAAUGACCUGAAACAUCUUUCCGAAAAAAUAAAGAAACACGAAUCAUGUAAGAGCCACCUAGACAAUGCAGUAAAACUAGCUAUGUUAGGCAAUAAAAGUAUUGCCACACAACUAGAUGAAAGUUAUCGUGUGGGAAUACGAAAGCAUAAUGAGGAAGUUGAGAGGAACCGCUACACCCUGUCAAAGUUAAUCGAUUGUAUACGGUUCUGUGGUGUUUUUGAACUGGCAGUACGCGGCCACGACGAAAUAGAGUCAUCCUUGAACUCCGGAGUGUUUGGAGGCCUAGUUGAUUUCGUAUCCAGUAUAGACAGAGUAAUGGAGAAACACGUGAAAUCUGCAACGGUGUUUAAAGGCACCUCAAAAACUGUUCAAAACGAACUGCUCGACUGCAUGCUAGACGUGGCUAGGGAGUUCAUUGUAAAACAACUUAGAAGCACCGAAUAUGUGGCUAUACACGUUGGUGACACCACCGACGUGUCAACCAAGUGCCAGUCAGCACUAGUGUAUCGAUAUAUUGAUGGAAAUGGUAAAGUUGUUGAGAGAUUUUUCGGAUUUACACAUUUGCAAAAUUUGAGUGCAGAAUCCUUUGCUACAAAUUUGCUUGAACAACUGGAUUUUGUAUUCCCAGAGAAUAACGAUAAACAAAAAUUGAUUUCUCAAAGCUACGACGGUGCUAACGUGUUGCGUGGGGAAACUGGCAGCGUUCAAAGGAAGGUGAAGGACAUAUACCCUAAUGCUCAUUAUGUUCACUCUUAUGCCCACCAGCUGUGCCUAUUCAUGGAACAAGCAGUGUCUAGAAUCUCACAAGUUAGAAUUUUCUUUUGCGAUUUGUCCGGCUUUCCGGCCUUCUUUUCGCGCUUUCCAAAGAGGACAGAGGUACUGGACGCCAUAGUAAGCAGAAGACUUCCUCGAGGGACAGCAACGCGAUGGAUCAAUGUUCGAACAGUUAAUAUUGUCUAUGAGCACAGAGAGGACCUCCUUGAAUGCUUUAAGACAAUCGAAAGUUCAAGAGAAUUCGAGUCCAAUUCUGUCCGUGAGGCGCGGGCGUUUAUUCGCAUUCUGCAAGACAGAGAGUUCGUUUAUUUUCUUUCUCUUUUCCAUGAAAUAAUGCCCCAUGUUGUAGAGUUGUACAGUCAGCUCCAGAAGCGAGACAUUGAUACAGUUUUUGUUGAGAAAAUUACUGCAGAAUUUGUCAAGAAUAUCAACAAAGUACGGGAAUGUAUUGAGGAACUGGGUUCAAAAUUGUCAGCAGAUUCAGAGUUUCCUCAAUGUCCCGUCGUAUUGAAGAAAUUGGAGCAAGUGGCAAAGAAGGUGUGUGACAUAAUAAUUGUCAAUGCGAAAGAACGAUUUGCGUUCACAAAGCAUCUGGUGAGUGCAAAGCUCCUACAAAGUGACUUGUUCGAAAAACACAACCAGGGAUUCCCAAUGCAAGCAUUAAAUGAUACAGUGCAAACAUAUCCAAUGCUAAACAGAGAAAGAUUGCGCACUGAACUUUGUAUUAUAUAUGAAAAGCCAGAAUUUCGUUGUGCUAGUGGUGCUAUGGCACUAUUUCGCUUUUUUAUUGAAAAUGAUCUGCAAGAUACAUUUUCAGAGACUGUAACAUUACUGCGAAUUCUCAUCACAACACCCAUGACAACGACUGAUCCUGAGAGAUGUUUUUCAACUCUAAAAAAGAUAAAAACCUUAUUGAGAAACACGAUGAACCAGGAUCGACUCAGCGCCCUGGCGAUGCUGUCAAUAGAGAAACAACUGGUCCACGAGAUACCAGACUUUAACAAGAAAACCAUCGAAAAGUUUGCUGCCCAAAAAGACCGCCAGGCAAAGUUCAUGUAUAAGUAGGUACUGUACUGUACGAUCCUGUUGAGGCACACACAAGCUGACUGGAAUCAAGAGCAACACCAACUUUCAUACUGUUUUAACUGCCUAAUCAGAUGUGUCUUGCAGUGGUGUUUAGGUAUACGUAUUCUUUACAUAACAUACAUACAGUAAACCCUCAAUUUAUGUUGCCAUUAUAUACCUGGAUAAUGCCAAGACUACUGGAUGUGUAGACACCAAAGUCAUUAUGGGAAAUGGUGGGAAGCAUCAAUGUCAUAAAACUGUAGCACCAAGCCCACUAAAUGUAGCAGUAAUAAACAAUAAUAAAAGUGCUUUAAUAGAUAACUAACACUCACCCACUCCUAGGUGGAUGUGGCUCCCAGCUUUUAAUUCCUCUAAGUAGUGAGUGUAGGCCCUUAGCUUACUCUAUAUACGUAUAAGCGAUAGGUUUAAGAGGAGUCUCAACUUAUAUAGAAGCCAUAGUUGUGAGUACUAGAGAUUAGAAAAGAACAGUCACACAAAGAUACUGAAGCCUGAAAAGAUGUUGUGUACAGUCACCCACAUAAGUCCAGUUGCCUCUUCUCCUGAACCACGAACCUGAAAUUCAGACAUGUGAACAUGGAGCUGUAGACACCGUUGUAUUAUUCUGUUCACAAAUGCUCCGUAUUCGCGAGUCUGAAUCUCAGGGUUGGUGGUUCAGGAGAGGCGACAGGACUAUUGUGGGUGAACUUUACUGGCCCCAAAAUAUCAUUCACGGUACAGAAAGUUUUUGUGUAGAAAGGAAAUUGCCUGUAUCUUCAUCUCUUCAUCAUCCAUCAGCAGUAAAGUGAAGCAGAUAUGGAAAUACUGGUAAUGGUUUUAACUACAGUAGUUCGUCGCAGUAUAAUCAAAAUCACAAACUCACAGGCCAUAGAAAUUGAGGAUCUAGUGUAUAUGCAUGUUAGGAUGUAAAAUGCCAUCAAUGAGAACAUUUAAUCCCACUGACUUAAAAAAAAAAAUUCCAGGCUUGAAUAUUUUAGGAUAAAGAUGGAUGGAUAAUCAGGGAAUUUUUAUAUUGUAUCAAAUAAAUUUUUGGAUACACAGUGAUCACUCCAGUAACAAUAACUGAACAAAUGUAAUUAAUGUUAAAAAGUACUUGAGCUACACAAUACAGUACUGUAUAUCUCAGGACUGGAGAGAUUGUUAGGAAAUUAAAACUUAAUGUAACCUUAUGAUGUCAAAUGUACGGUGUCAUAAAAAAUUAAUACAGAAUUGCAAAUACAAACAAGAAAAACAAACAAUAUGUGAAAUAUCUUUUGUAUAUAACAAUGGCAAAAGUUUUCAGAACUAGCAAAAACCAGGUAUAGUAGUUGUUAAACCUUCACCAACUGUCUACACUCACCUACAGGUACAUUGUCUUACAAAAUAGUUAAGUUUUGGCAGAAUAUAUUUGUAAUAUUGAUAGUGCCAUAUUACAUAAGAACAUAAGAAAAUAAGGAGUCUGCAAUAGGCCGGUUGGCCUGUGCAUGGCAGCUCCUGUCGAGAG